AUGCCAGAUCCCCCUCCCCGCUGCCCGUGUCUGCUGCAGGGCUGCCGGAUCUACCCGUGCGGCACCAAGAGGAAGAGGGACCUGCUGGAGGAGGACAGGAGGAAGCGGGGGGUUGACUUCCAUGAUGUGCAGGACUACGUGGACGAGAUCAAGGCAGAGCAUUUUGAGACCUCCAGUAAGACAGGCCAGAGUGUGGAUGAGCUGUUCCAGAAGGUGGCUGAGGACUAUGUCAACUUCACCUCCUUCCAGAUGAUGACAGGUGAGGGGCUGCCGGCACCACCAGAGAUCAAGGCAGAGCAUUUUGAGACCUCCAGUAAGACAGGCCAGAGUGUGGAUGAGCUGUUCCAGAAGGUGGCUGAGGACUAUGUCAACUUCACCUCCUUCCAGAUGAUGACAGAGGAGAAAGGCGUUGACCUGAGCCAGAGGAGCAGCACCUACUUCUACAGCUGCUGCCACCACUGA